UUUUAUGCCAUAGAGCCAAACUUUAUCCAUUCGCAUGGCGUUUAUUUUCCAACAAUUUUCUACCGAGUUUAACGGCCAUUCUCAAACACACACAGUUCGCUAAAAAAAAAAGGAGAAAAACUGCAGAGAAAAAAUUCAAGUGCACAUAAUUUGGCCAUCACACAGUGCGCACAGAUUUUGUGAGAGUGGAAAUUUUUGGCAUUUUUGCAGCUUAACUUGCUAAACUAUUUGAAAAUUUUGGUGCAACGCUACUAUCCCCUUGGUAGAAAAAAAUAAACUUUAUAAAAAAAAAAAAGGAAGCGCAGCCGCUUGGCAACCAUUCCCGCCCCCCGAAAAAUAAACCGCCACCAAAAGGGGUUGUGAAUAAAUUUUGGCUUUGUUGGUUCAAUAACUUGGAGCGUUGGCAACACAACAUGGCCGUUGUGUGGGACAUGAGCCUGUGGACCCGGACCGACAGUCUGCAGCCGACGGUCCGCUCGAGCGGUACACUCACCAACACGGGCGGUACCAUCAUGUACGGUCGUCAAGCGGGCGGUGCAAAUCAAUCGGCGGCCAAUGGCCCCUCAAAUGGUGGUGCAAAUAGCGGUGGUGGCGGCGGUGCCCAGGGACAUGAUAAACUGAAAAUUGGCUUCUGCACGGAUCUGGACAAAUCGGUUUUGGUCAACAAUUUCGAAAAACGCGGUUGGCAUCAGGUGAACGGUGACGAUGAUUGGCAUUUCUACUGGGCUGGGGUGCAAACCUGUCGCAACAUUUUCAGCGUGGACAGUGGAUAUAGGAUGCAUGACAACCAGAUGAUCAAUCACUUUCCCAAUCACUACGAACUAUCCCGCAAGGAUUUGCUGGUGAAAAACAUCAAACGUUAUCGCAAGGAUCUCGAAAGGGAUGGUAAUCCCCUGGCUGAGAAAACGGAAUCGAAUAACUCCAGUGGCACUAGGUAUUUGUAUCUGGAUUUUGUGCCCACCACAUUCGUAUUACCAGCGGAUUAUAAUAUGUUCGUGGAGGAGUAUCGAAAAUUUCCGUUGAGCACUUGGAUCAUGAAACCCUGUGGAAAGUCCCAAGGAGCGGGAAUAUUCCUGAUCAACAAGCUAUCCAAACUCAAGAAGUGGUCGAGGGAGGCUAAGGGUCCAUUUCAUCCACAAAUAGCUAAGGAGUCGUAUGUGAUCUCGAGAUAUAUAGACAAUCCCCUGCUGAUUGGUGGCAAAAAGUUUGAUCUUCGUCUGUAUGUUCUAGUGGCUUCAUUUAGACCCUUGAAAGCCUACUUAUUUAAGCAGGGUUUCUGUCGAUUUUGUACUGUAAAAUAUGAUACGAGUGUUACGGAAUUGGAUAAUAUGUACGUACACCUGACCAAUGUGAGUGUUCAGAAACAUGGUGGCGAAUAUAAUACGCUACAUGGUGGCAAGUGGUCUGUGCAAAAUCUGGCUUUGUAUUUGGAAGGAACCCGAGGAAAAGAGGUUACGGAUCGAUUGUUUGGUGCGAUAUCCUGGCUUAUAGUGCAUUCCCUAAGAGCUGUGGCUCCUGUGAUGGCCAGUGACAGACAUUGUUUCGAGUGCUAUGGUUACGACAUCAUAAUAGACAAUGCCUUGAAACCCUGGCUAGUGGAGGUCAAUGCCUCACCUUCGCUUACUUCCACCACUGUAAACGAUAGGAUACUGAAAUACAAGCUGAUUGAUAAUAUAUUAUCGGUGGUUUUGCCUCCUGAUGGAGUGCCCGAUGUCCGCUGGAAUAAAGUUCCCAGUGCAGAUGCUUUGGGUAACUUCGAACUGCUCAUCGAUGAGGAAUUGGCCGCCCAAGAUGAACAACAUCAAAAUAGUAGCAGUAAUGCUCAUAGUAAAACCUCUAAAAUGGGCAGUCGCUGGAAGUGACGAAAGUAGAUUAGGGGAUGGGAAUCAUUGGGUCUUCAAAAAUAGUAUUAAUCAAGGGUUCUCCAUAUAAAUUCAUAAAACAUGAUAUCGAAAAAAGACUACAAAAUAUAAAUGUAAAUAUAGAAUUAAGCGUGACUUGACCACUGUCUAAUUGUUUCUAAUAGAAAUAAAUUUAAACAA